AGUUAACAGACAUAGUGAACGCUAUGUCGACGCGCGGCGAGCUGCCUCUAGAGUUGGCUCUCCGGGGGCGAAGCUCCUCGAUAGCCACGACAUUGCUGCAGCACUGCGCGGAUGCCGAUGCGAGAGGCCUGCGGGGUCGCACUCUGCUGCACCGCGCCGUCGACUCUAGAGACGCCUUCUCCGCCAAGUUUCUCGUCGAUAAUGGCGCUGAUCCUAAUCUAACUACCAAAGAAGAGGGUGACACUGCGCUACAUUUGAUAGCAUCACUCACGUCCAGUUCAUGUGACGAAGAAACCAUGGAGCAAAUGGCUGAAAUCGCUGAAGUGAUGGUACAAAAAGGAGCUGAUAUCAACAGACAAAAUAGAAAGGGAUACACUCCUCUACAUCAAGCAGUGAUAGCUAGAAACCAAAGGAUAUUCGACAUACUUCUCAAGCAGCCAACGUUAGAUACCAAUUUACGGACUUUAAGUGACGAGCAUCCGCCUCUGUACUACGCACUAGUGGACGACAGGAGGGCGUCUAUAUCCUCCAGCGAGACUUUAGUAAUGAAUGGUUCCAACCCCUUCGAUACGCCAGUGACGAACAAAAACGCCUUCACCGAAGACCCUGUGGAGGGCAAAACAGAAAGUGUAGUUGAAAGAGGGUUCGCAGCCAAACUAUUGGAGAAAGGUUGUCAGCCGAACCCGCUGUAUUCGGGGGCUGGAGACAGUCUAUUACAUAUUCUUGCUCAAGGAUGGUUCGAGGAAUCGGCAGUGUUCUUGGUGUCCCACCUGAACGGUGAGCUGAACCACAGUAACGAGGCAGGCAUGAGUGCGCUCCACGCGGCCUGCGCCAACGGACUCGCGCGACUGACUGCCACUCUACUGGAACAUGGUGCCAGGCCUAACUUGCAGACUGCGUAUGGAGAGCAAGAGGACACUGUCUAUAGACAAACGCCGCUACACUUGGCAGUACUGAACAACCACGAGGGAGCAGUACUGGCCAUCAUAGAACAUAAGAAGCUGAUAGAGAAGGGCGACAUGCCCGCCACCGACCGCACUAACACCAGCCUUACACCCAACCUUAACUUGAAGAACUCUGAAGGAGACACACCCGUCAGCUUGGCGCUCACUGAAGGUCACAAAAACUUAGUGGCGCCGUUGAUCGAAGGCGGUGCGGACCCUAACAUUAGGAAUGGCAAAGGAUUCACACUGUUACAUCAAGCUAUUGUAGAAGAGGACUCUAGAACAGCUAUAUACCUGCUCGACCAUGGAGCUGAUAUGAAUGCACUCACGGAGGCAGGCGAGACUCCCCUGCAGCUAGCGAUCCACUGCCGGCUGGGGCUGGUCGUGGAGGCGCUGUGUGUGCGCGGCGUCGACAUGAGUCGCCUCGACGCCAACGGGGUGCCGCCACUGUGGGCCGCGCUCGACUCCGGCCAGGAGGAAGUCGCUAGCAUCCUGGUGAGAAACGGCGCGGACGCAGACUGUUGGGGACCAGGCCCUGAUGGAUGCAUACAGACGUUGUUACACAAAGCAAUAGACGAGAACAAGGAGUCGCUAGCGAUGUUCCUGAUCCGGUCGGGGUGCGACGUGGAGUCCCCGCGCCGGCUGGGGCCGGCCGGCGAGGGCGCUGAGGUCGCCAACGAGAAACAUUCCCCACUACAUCUCUGUUGUACUUGGGGACUUACUGAUGUUAUACAGACUCUCUUAGAACAUGGCGCAAACAUAAACUCUAAGGACGCGGAAGGCAAGACGCCCCUUCAUAUAGCGAUAGAGAACCAACACGCCGGUAUCAUCACACUGUUACUGUCACAACCCGGAAUCGAACUGUCCGCUAGGGAUAACAAGGGAGUGUCGCCCUUCGCGGCCGCGCUUACAGCGAGGAACAAUAAGGCAGCUCAAGCUAUAUUGGAGAAGAAUCCUUCAGCUGCUGAACAGGUGGACAAAAAAGGUCGUAACUUCCUCCACGUGGCGAUACAAACAUGCGACGUGGAGAGCGUGAUGUUCCUCCUGUCGGUGGAGGUGGACGUCAACUCGCGCGUACAGGACGCGACACUAGCGCCGCCACUGCACCUCGCGGCCGCCACCGGACACGAGGUGCUGCUGCGGAGUCUGCUACUGGCUGGGGCCCGGCCUAACGACAGGGAUGCGCACAAACGCACCGCGCUGCACGUGGCGGCGGGCGCGGGCCACGAGGCCAUGGUGUCGGCGCUGGUGUCUGGCGGCGCGGAGUGGGGCGCCGUGGACGCGGCCGGCGACAACGCGCUGCACGUGGCCGCGCGCGACGGACACGCCGCCGCCGCGCGCGCCCUGCUCGCCGACACCGACAUCGACGCCGCCGCUACUAACCUCAAGGGUAGAAAUCCAUUGCACGAGUUAUGCUGGUGUAAAAAGGACAACGCAGCGACAAUCUGCGAAAUAUUCCUUGAAUUCAUGCCUGACUACCCGAUCAACAGGACUGAUUUACAGGGUAACACUCCGCUCCUAUUAGCAUACAUGAACGGUCAGGGCGCUAUGUGCAGAGUCCUAGUGCGGGCCGGUGCAUGUCUAGCGCAAGAGAAUAAAGACGGAAUAUCUAUUUUCAAUUACCAAGUGGCUACGAAACAGUUACUGCAUCGCCUUCUAGACGUGUUGCCGGCCGAGGCGCCCUGGGCGGAGAGCGAUCUGUGCCAGGAGUGCGGCACUAAGUUCACGCUCACCAUGAGGAAACACCACUGUCGUCAUUGCGGCCGCAUGCUCUGUAACAAGUGUUCCAGUCAAGAUGUCCCGAUCCUCAAGUUCGGUAUGAACAAACCACAGCGGGUCUGCGAGAUCUGCUUCAACGUGCUGCAGGUCGGCGCGAGUUAG